GGCCCAGGGGGCGGGGAAGGGGGGCCGGGCCUGGAUCCACUGGGAGGCCGAGCGAAAGGCCUGGCCGUGGCUCGCGCGGUCCCGGGGACGCGAAUCAAACGGCGGCGGCGCGGAUUGAACGGCGGCGGCGGCGGGUGGAAGGCGAGAGCCCGAACGGGCGCGUGCGGGGGCUAUGGCGUCCGUGCAGGCGUCCCGCCGCCAGUGGUGCUACCUGUGCGACCUGCCCAAGAUGCCGUGGGCCAUGGUGUGGGACUUCAGUGAAGCCGUGUGCCGCGGAUGCGUGAACUUCGAGGGCGCGGAUCGCAUCGAGCUGCUCAUUGAUGCCGCCCGCCAGCUCAAGCGCAGCCACGUGCUCCCCGAGGGCCGUUCUCCGGGGCCCCCAGCCCUCAAACACCCGGCCACUAAGGACCUGGCUGCCGCCGCCGCACAGGGCCCUCAGUUGCCGCCUCCACAGGCCCAGCCCCAGCCGUCGGGGACAGGCGGCGCUGUCUCCGGCCAGGACCGCUAUGACAGGGCCACAUCGUCGGGCCGCCUCCCCCUGCCCUCGCCCGCCCUGGAGUACACCCUGGGGUCCCGCCUGGCCAAUGGACUGGGCCGUGAAGAGGCUGUGGCGGAGGGGGCGCGAAGGGCCCUGCUUGGCUCCAUGCCCGGCUUGGUGCCCCCCGGGCUGCUAGCAGCUGCGGUGUCUGGCCUGGGAAGCCGAGGCCUGACGCUUGCACCCGGCUUGAGUCCUGCCCGUCCAGCUUUUGGCUCCGAUUUCGAGAAGGAGAAGCAACAGAGGAAUGCGGACUGUCUGGCAGAACUGAACGAGGCCAUGAGGGGCCGGGCAGAGGAAUGGCACGGGCGCCCCAAAGCCGUGCGGGAACAACUGCUGGCGCUGUCCGCCUGCGCCCCUUUCAAUGUCCGUUUCAAGAAGGAUCACGGACUGGUGGGACGUGUGUUCGCCUUCGAUGCUACUGCCCGCCCGCCAGGCUACGAGUUCGAGCUGAAGCUCUUCACCGAAUACCCCUGUGGUUCUGGCAACGUGUACGCGGGAGUCCUGGCAGUCGCUCGCCAGAUGUUUCAUGAUGCUCUGCGCGAGCCGGGCAAGGCGCUGGCCUCAUCAGGCUUCAAGUACCUCGAAUAUGAACGCCGGCACGGCUCUGGGGAAUGGCGCCAGCUGGGAGAGCUGCUAACGGAUGGGGUCCGCAGCUUCCGCGAGCCAGCACCCGCCGAGGCCCUGCCCCAGCAGUAUCCAGAGCCGGCCCCUGCAGCCCUCUGCGGCCCUCCCCCACGAGCCCCAUCCCGGAAUCUGGCUCCCACUCCACGCCGUCGCAAGGCCUCCCCUGAGCCCGAGGGCGAGGCAGCUGGGAAGAUGACCACAGAGGAGCAGCAGCAGCGGCACUGGGUGGCACCCGGUGGCCCAUUCUCCGCUGAUACCCCUGGUGUGCCCUCCCCCAUCGCCGCCCUGAAGAACGUAGCCGAGGCCCUGGGCCACUCCCCCAAGGACCCUGCCGGGAGUGGGGGCCCUGUGCGCGCCGGGGGUGCGAGCCCCGCCGCCUCCUCCACGGCCCCACCUCCAGCCCAGCAUCGUCUAGUGGCCCGCAACGGUGAGGCAGAAGUGAGCCCCACAGCAGGGGCGGAAGCUGUUAGCGGGGGUGGUAGUGGCACUGGGGCGACCCCGGGGGCCCCCCUGUGCUGCACCCUCUGCCGGGAGCGUCUGGAAGACACCCACUUCGUCCAGUGCCCCUCAGUGCCCGGACAUAAGUUUUGUUUUCCCUGCUCCCGCGAGUUCAUCAAGGCUCAGGGCCCUGCUGGAGAGGUGUACUGCCCCAGCGGAGACAAGUGCCCACUAGUGGGCUCCUCUGUCCCCUGGGCCUUCAUGCAGGGAGAGAUCGCCACCAUCCUUGCUGGAGACAUCAAGGUUAAGAAAGAACGGGACCCCUAGGCCACCACUGCCGCCAGUCCACUGCCUAUCCACCCCCGCCCCCCUCCACCCCUUGCCACCCACCGCUGCUGCGGAUAAAUUAUUCCCUCCCCUACCCAGGCCUGUGCCUCCCUCACCUGUGUACAUACCCACUUCCUUAUCCCAGAUGGGUCCCCUGGGGUAGAUGCAUUGAGGGUGGGGGGAGAAAGCUGUCCGAGGGGGUAUUUGGGGUCCCCUGACCCCUCUGGUUUCCCUCUCCCCUCCUUGGCUUGGCUUUGCUGCUGCUUGUAGUUGAGGGAGAGGUGGCCCCCUCCUCCUUGAGAAGGGGCCUCCUGAAAUCUCGCUCUUUAUAAAUGAAGCAAAAGCAUUUUAUUGCCCCCCCCCCCCAUCUUACCCCCUUUCCCCCCUUCAAUAAACCGAAAGAUGG